AGGUUUCAAGCGCGCUUGUUUACCAGCAGUUUUCGGAUGAACUCCUCCAGGGCCGUCCCCGCCUCGUUCGUCGAAGCUGGCAGAGCGGAUCAUGUUAGCAGCCUGUUACUUGAACUUCCUCGUCUUGGGACUCAGCGCCGUGGGAAUACCAGUCGUAGCCCUGGGUGGACAUACUCAACAGAUCUCUAGGCAUUCCACAUAUGAGAUUAUAAUUCCUAGAAGAUUAACAGACAGGGAGAAGCGCUGGACAUAUUUUAAUGAGGAACAUGUAGACGAUCAGCUAUCUUACUUGAUCCAAACUGGAAAUGGAACACACAUUCUGAAAUUAAAGAAAAAUAAAAACCUUCUUGGGGAAAAGUUUACAAUAUAUACUUAUAACCAAGAGGGCAAGCUGGAGAGUACUCCUGUGGAAACUCAGACACACUGUUACUACCAUGGAAAUAUUGAAGGAGUUCCAGAUUCUCUGCUUGCCCUCAGUACCUGUGAUGGCCUUAGGGGAAUCCUCUAUAUUGGUGACAAGCAAUAUGGCAUGGAGCCAGUAAAGGGAUCAAAUAAAUUUGAACACUUUUUCUAUGUAUUAGAUAAAUCUCAUGAAUCUUUUUCCUGUGGUGUACAAAAUGAUGACCAGUAUCAUGAAUAUAUUUUAAAAUAUACUAAUAUAUCACAUUAUCCUUUCAGUAAGGAUACACUUCGAAGGAAAAGAAGAACUGUGUUGCCAGAGAAACGAUACGUCGAACUCUAUAUGGUUGUUGAUAACAACAGGUAUAUAUUCAAAAGAACUAUUGAAGCUGUACAGAAAGAAACAGUUGAAUUGAUUAAUUAUGUAGAUGGGAUGUUCAGACCCUUAAACAUACAAGUUGUCCUAAUUGGAUUGGAAAUAUGGACAAGUGGAAACCAGAUAGAGGUGGGUGGUGAUUCAGCUGGAGAUGUGUUGAACAAAUUUGUGGCUUGGAGGAAAACAAAUCUUAUUACGAGAUCAAGAAAUGAUAUUGCUCAUCUCAUCAUAGGGAGAAGCCCAUUUGGUUCAACAGUUGGAAUGGCUUACGUUGGCACAGUCUGUACUGCAGAUCACGCAGGGUCUCUCACUACGUUCGGUCAUGAGUCUCCCAUAAGUCACGCUACAGUGGUUGCACAUGAGUUGGGACAUAAUCUCGGUAUGAAUCAUGAUGAUGGAAGAUGUUCAAAUAACUAUAUAAUGCACAGUUCAGAUAAUGGGUCCAGGAACUUCAGCAGCUGCAGCGCUACUGAUUUUGAGCAACUUAUCUUGAGAGGUGGAGGAAGCUGUCUCAGAAACUCUCCCAAGCCGAGUGAUAUAUUUACAGAACCCAUGUGUGGCAAUAACAUCGUGGAUAGGAAUGAAGAAUGCGAUUGUGGCACUCCAAAAGAAUGUACCAAUCCUUGCUGUGAUGCUGCCAGCUGCAAGCUAACAAGUGGAUCAGCAUGUGCUGAAGGAUUGUGCUGUGAAAAGUGCCAGUUCAAGGUAGCAGGAGUGGAGUGUCGACCCAAAUCAAAUACCUGUGAUCUCCCUGAAUAUUGCAAUGGGACCUAUUAUGACUGUCCAGAAGAUGUGUAUGUCAUGGAUGGCUACCCAUGUAAUAAUAUGAAAGAUUACUGUUACAGUGGAAUUUGUGAGAGUUACGAUUCUCAGUGUGAAUCCUUCUUUGGAAAAGGAGCAAAAAGAGGACCAAAUGUUUGCUUUGAAAGAGCCAAUAGCAAAGGAGACAGAUUUGGCAAUUGUGGAAUGAAUGGGCCAAAUUUUGUAAAAUGUUCCCAAGCCAACAGUUUAUGUGGCAAGAUUCAUUGUACAUCUUUCAAAGAAGAGAAUCUCCCGCCCCAGUUGUAUUUCCAGAAUCAAGAUGGAAUUAAAUGUGUGACUACUGAAUUUGAUCUAGGAUCAGAUAUUCCUGAUCCAGCACUGGUUCAUAAAGGCACUUCUUGUGCUGAAGGAAAAGCUUGUGUUGAUUACAAGUGCGUAAAUGCAAGCUUGCUGGGUUACAACUGUGACAUAAAGAAAAAAUGUAAUGGCCGGGCGGUGUGUAACAACAAAGGCAAUUGCCACUGUGAUCCUGGGUGGGCACCUCCUUUUUGUGACGUGUCUGGCUAUGGGGGCAGCAUAGAUAGUGGCCCAACACAUAUAGAUACGUCCCUUCGAGAUGGUCUUCUGAUAUUCUUUUUACUUGUGUUGCCUAUAUUAAUUCUACUUGCAAUUGCAUUUGUCAAGAGAAAAGAAAUUAAAAGGCGUCUCUUCAGAGAACGUAGAAGACAACACAGGGCUGAAAAUGCACAGCAAAGAAGACCGCUACCUGCACACCAGAAUAAUACUCCAAGUGAACCAAAUCCACAAGAGGAAAAAAAUAGAAGGCGGCCUACUACUUCAAAUUCAGGAAUCUUUACAAUAUCUCACUUUCCAACUCCAAGGCCACCAGUACAAAAUCAAUUUGUUCCACCUCAACAACAACCUCUGGUACGACCACCAAUGUCACAAAGACCUCCCGUACGACCACCAAUUCCACAAAAUCCUCCUUUAAGACCACCAAUUCCACAAAAUCCUCCUUUAAGACCACCAAUUCCACAAAAUCCUUUAAGACCACCAGUUCCACGAAACUCACCUUUAAGACCACCAAUUCCACGAAACUCACCUUUAAGACCACCAAUCCCACAAAAACCCGUUUUCUCUCCUCCAUCUUGAAGAAUUAUAAAGACAUGUAUGCCACUAGGAAAAAUAUUAUAUUAAUGAAAUAAAUUAAAAGUGGUUUUUUUUAGAAAUAUACAAAGGAAGACCUCAGUUUAAUUUCUAAAACAGAAUGACAUUAAACUUAAUUUACUUUAGGGUCUGCUGCUCUACCAAAUCAUUAUUUAGGAAAUAAAGUGCUGCCUUAAUUAUUAGACCACAGGAUAUUGCUUUUACAAAUAAUACUCAUACCAGUAAAAAUCUUUUACCCUAACAUAGGGCCAAACUAGAUAUUGUAGAAAAUGUGAUGAGAAACCCUACCAGACUUAUAAAAUGUAGGACAUGCUUGUGCAAUUUUUAUGAGAAGAAGAGGUGGUGAGGUUCUUCUCUAGUUGUGGGCCCAAUGAGAUUCCUCCCUUUCUCUCUUCACUCCUAACAUAUUAAUUAUUAACAUUACAAGAAAACACCUAUUGAAGUUACUUGUCAUGGUUGGGGAAAGAGUAGUUAAAUCUGUCAUAAAAAUUACCUUGUUGUUGAUCCCAAUAAAAAUUGGGGGAGACUGCUGCUCUUACAUCAAUGACAGAUUUUCUAAUUAUGUAGUUGCUCUGAUUUUUUUUAAAGUGUGCAAUUGGUUCUUUGUAGUCAGUUGGUUUAUUACAUUAAGAAACAAUGUGAAUGGAAUAUAAUGAAGUGAAGCACAAGAUGGGUUUCAAAAAUCAGUCAAUCAGUGAAGGAAGGGCUAUAUAGUGUAGUAUUAUCUAUUUGAGCAAAGAUCAGAAAGUGAUUUGUAUUGCCUUAAAAUCAACAAAUGUGACUUGACAGCACUGUAUUGUUGAUCUGCAUGUUUACAGCUGAAACUUCCCACACAGGAAGAUUUUAAACACUUAUUCUUAAGUGUUUAAACGACCAUGUUAUUGUAAGAUAUUUCUCAAUAUUCUUUCAACUUUCCAAGUAAAAAGUGAAUAUAUUUUAAAUGUUUUAUUCUAACACUGAAAUAGAUGAUACUUCUGUUUUCAUAUCAUAAAUCUGUGAAAGUUACACAUUUUUUAUUUAUAGCUUUAUCUGAUCAUUUUGAUAGUCAUGUUAAUAUUUUAUCAACAUGAGACAAAAGGUCGACUACAUGCUGAAACAUAAUAAGACAUGUUUUCUUAACUAU